UUGCCUUUCUACAAAAGAAGAUAUUUAUAUCAGAAAUCACAAAAACUGAUGGCCUUUAUGAAGCAUAAUCCUACAAAAUUACGGUCAAAAAAGACCAAAGUAUUUAAUAUGGGAUACAUUUAUCAGUUUCUAAAAGACGCUCAGAAUUUCCAGUAUUUGAUGAGAAAAGUCGCUGCAAUAUUUGGCAUCGCAAGGUCAUGUCGUAGAGAUGAGCUCAAAAAAUUGAGUAUUGAAGACAUAGAAGAAGUGGAUUCAAUAUUAAUUCUAGAAGAGCUACGUUCAAAAACUGACAAGGAACGAAGUUUUGUCAUUAGAGAUGAGGUUGAAGAAGGAUUAAAUUUGAUCGAUAUAUACCAGACAAACAUGAAUUUUCUUCCCAUAAUUCACUUAGAAAUAAUAAUAUUGAAAAUUGCAAAAAUAUUUAUUUACUUUUAAUAUUAAUGGUACAAAUAAUGUUUAAGUUAAUUUAUUCCUUAUUACCAGUUCCUAGCUUUGUCAAUGUUAACCGA